GAAGCCCUCAAAGGGCGCUCCCCCCUCUAUUUCUCCUCACAGUGGUGCACCCCGAGAAGGCGGAGCGGAGCGCCCUUCCGCCAGGCCCUGCCCUCUUAAAGGGGAAUUGCGACGAGGGGCGCGGUGGGCCCUCUCCGGGCGCGAUGAGCGGGGCGGUGGGCGCUGCCACCCCUGUGCGCCGCCUGCCCUACGGGCUGCUGCAGCGCCUGGCCGCCUACAUCGACCCGCAGGACGGCUGGAGGAGGCUGGCCGCCGACAUCGCCGGCCCCUCGGGCGAGAGCAGAUACACCCAGCUGCACAUAAGGAGGUUCGAGGCGUUCGUGCAGAUGGGGAAGAGCCCCACGUGCGAGCUGCUGUACGACUGGGGCACGACGAACUGCACGGUCGGCGACCUGGUGGAGCUGCUGGUCAGGAACCAGCUCCUGGCGCCGGCAAGGCUUCUGCUGCCAGAAGCUGUAAAGGAGGCACAGGAAGUUACGUUACCUCUUCCUUCGCAGGAAACCUUGCCCAUACAUGAGAAACAGCUGCCUAUACAGGAAAAAGAGGUGGCAUCGGUAAAGCCAAGUCCCUCGGAGAACACAGAGCAGCAGCCUCCAACCGCUUCCUGCUUAAGUCAGGAAAACAACAGCUCACCGUCUAGUAACACGGAUUUCCACAAUUUUUGGUUUCAUGACUUGGAAAGUAUUACAAAUAAUUUCGAUGCACGACCAGAAUCGGCUGGAGGUAAUAAGCUGGGAGAAGGUGGCUUUGGCGUGGUGUUCAAAGGCUACAUCAAUGGCAGAAACGUGGCUGUCAAGAAACUUGCUGCUAUGGUUGAUAUUAGUGCUCAGGAUUUGAAACAACAAUUUGAUCAAGAAAUAGAAAUGAUGGCAAAGUGUCAGCAUGAGAAUCUAGUAGAAUUGCUUGGUUUCUCGAGUGAUGGUGCUCAGCCCUGUCUGGUGUAUGAAUACAUGCCCAAUGGUUCAUUGCUUGACAGACUUGCUUGCCUGGAUGAUACUCCACCAAUUUCGUGGGAUACGAGAUGUAAAAUUGCUCAAGGUACAGCAAAUGGCAUCAACUUUUUGCAUGACAAUAAUCAUAUUCACAGAGACAUUAAAAGUGCAAAUAUCUUAUUAACUGAUACAUAUGUGCCCAAAAUUUCUGACUUUGGACUUGCAAGAGCAUCUGUAACAUUCACACAAACCAUCAUGACUGAUAGAGUUGUUGGAACAGCAGCCUACAUGGCACCUGAAGCUUUGCGGGGAGAAAUAACGCCUAAAUCUGAUAUCUUCAGUUUUGGAGUAGUCUUAUUAGAAAUAAUAACGGGUCUUCCACCAGUAGAUGAAAACCGGGAACCACAGUUACUGUUAAGUAUCAAAGAUGAAAUUGAGGAUGAGGAAGCAACUAUUGAGGAUUAUGUUGAUGUAAAGAUGCAUGACUGGGAUGCAACUUCGGUUCAUAAAAUGUAUUCAAUUGCUGAUCAGUGUCUGAAUGAGAAGAAAAACAGGAGGCCAAACAGUAAGAUGGUCCAGCAGCACCUACAAGAGAUAAAAGCUUGACAUAUGUUUCUUCUGAUACACACGUUUUCUAUACGGAGUACAGACCAGUAACAAACGCAGACUAUCAGCACAUAGUGCAACAUUAUGAGCUUUUCUGCUUUCCAGAACUUUCUGGCCUGCGUAUAAGGUGUGUUGUUGGCUUGUCACCAUUGUGCUAUUUUUUAACUGAGCAGCACUUCCAUGUAUCCUUAGCCACUGGACCUUCAACAGAUUUUUUUUUUUUUUGUAUUAACAAGUUUUAGUGCAGGUACAUCUACACAGCUUUUUAAACAAAUAGAUCGUAAAAUGGAAAUGUCUUUUGAUUUUUCAAGUAUGUCUUCAACAAACACGCGUGACAGUAGCAGGGUAGGAUGUCUUUCUGCAAAUCACUUUCUUGAGUGAACCUACUAGACCUUUUUCUACUGAAGAGAAAAACAUUUAACAGAUGUAACUGGCACUUACACUGUCUUGUUGGGAAAAUACAAUAGCAGUACCCAUUUAAAACCAACUUCUUGUUUAGCGUUUUAGCUUGAUGGUUCGUAUUAGUGUGAGAAUAGACUGGUAAUGUUUGUGAAUAUGACUUUUUCAAAAAGUCUUCUCAGAAUUUCUUUUCAAAUAAAUGUUGCUAUCUUUUAGGUUUCAAGGUUUUAUAAGUAAAACAAUUACAUUGCAAUGCAAAUGCAAAAGUAUGUAUAGCUUUUUCCUGGUGAACUCGGUGUGAUGACAGACAGUUUAAUCUUUGUUCAUAGGAAGACUCACAUUACUUGUAAUAUUUUAUGUUUUAGAAUAAGAUUCUAUAUGAGAUAUUGCAAAUACAGAUGGUUUAUUUUGUUAAAAGAAACCAAUAUAACAUUGUUAGGACCAAUUCUGCCCUCUCCUUAGCUAAAUAAUUAAGCUCUUAUAUGUAUGGAUAUUAGUAAAUAUUAAAAUAUACAUUUAAAGGCAUGGAAAGCUUUCUCAAGUAGGAAGAGCGACAAAUCAAAGACUAUUCACUUCAUUCCCUUUUUAAUGAGAUUCUAGAUACUUUGGACUACCUCUGUAAAUGAAAAAGGUUAGUUUCAUAUAAACCUUUUCUUGUACUUCAAACUUUUUCUUUACAGCCUAGGGAUAAGAAAAUAGUUUGGUGUACAGCUAGACUAAGAUCUAUGAUUAUGGAGAAAAAAAAAAAUCAGAAAAGGAUCCGACGGCAUUUAGGGGCACGUAUCUUUGUAAAUACAAGUGCUAGAAGUAUGCCUUCUACAACUUCAGAACGCUGGCUUAACUGUUAAGUUAUUCUGUAUUUCCCUUUCAAAAUGAUAGAUUAACCUAGAAAGCAGUAUCCACUUAAACCAUUUCUAGUUUUAUUGCGUAUAAACAUUAAAAGCUGUUUAACAUAAAUAAAAACACUGCAGUAUGACUGUAGAUGCUUUAGUCGUGGAAACAACUGGCAUUUUCUGUUGCUUGUGUCUGAUAACUGCAUUAUGUUAACCUCACUGCAUGGAAUAAAGCUGCACAGCUUUGGACCAGGGAUAGUGGAGGGAAGGAAAAAAACUUACCCUGCUAUAAAAUGAAAUGAGAAUAAAAUGCAUUUAAAGUCAUUCUUUAAACAACUCUUCCAGCUGUUACUUGAAGGCAUCCUUUUAGAUCAUUUCUGCUUUUUACUGUUCCCUGGAGCUCAAAUACAUCUAUAUUGUUACCCUGAAGUGUGUUUGUUGUCUCCCUGAUGAGUGCUGUUUACUGCUGGUAGUGUAGAACAACUUUGUUCAUGUACCAGAUGUGAUGUUAAGUACUAGGAGCAUUAUUAUCACAAGUAUGUGAGUUCAUGUUCUUCCGUCAUAGUGGACCUGCGAACUGCCUCUUUGGGCUGCCUGCCUGUUAGCACCUGAUUUUGCUGGUAGUUCUCCUCACUCACUGAAAAUGAAGCAGGUUUGCCACCCCUCCAGUUAAAAAAUAAAUAAUAAAAAGCGAGCUCUUUUUGUAGAAUCCCAGUUAGGAAUAAAGAUGUGUGUUAAGUGAAUGUAGCUAGCUUAUGUGUUUUUGGUUGUUUCUACUAGUCACAAGUUGCAAGAAGAGGGGACCUGCCCUACCCCAGUGUGUUUUUUUAAGGUCUGAAGAUAUUAAAACCAGCACUUAUAGCCCCUGACAGGGGGCAAUAGUAGCUCACUUCAGCUCCAUCUAUUACCUGCAGAAAGCAUUAAGCUAUCUGAGGCUGCAUCCUUUACUAUAGUAAAGCUUUCUGUGACAGAAGUCAGUAACCUGGUCAUUCAUGUUCUUGGUGAAUAAAUGAUUGAUGGAGCUGGAGGUGAGAGAAAAUUUGGUACAGCUGCUAAUAGCUGAAGAGAGAGCACUUUUUUUUGAGCCUUCACACCUUUUGUCAGCCACAGGUUUUCAUAUUCUUGCUGAAAUGUAAAGAAUUGCUGCACCUUUGUAUUCAAGAUGGCCAGUGUUGUAUUAAACACCCACUCAACAUAUGGCAAAUAAAGUGGCUUCUGUUCAAGUUGUCUGAUAUUCAUGCUCACAUACAGCAUACCACCUUCCUCUCUUCCCUGUGCCUUUUUUAGGAACAACUGUCUUUUUGUACAGCAUUUUGCAUUAAAAUUGUUCUCUUAAACUCUUGUUCAAAACAUCCACAAAGUUCCUUCUUCCACCUGCCAAACUGCCAUAUCAUCCCUCUUCCCUGUGGGGAGGUGUUGGCAGGACAUUUAAAAGAAAAGCCGAAGCACUAACUGAUCUUUAGGAAGACUACAAGCAGACUAGUUUUUGGCAGUUCAGAUGACCAUUUAUGAAACAUCACCCUUUGAUUAUUUAAUUUUACUACCUCAUGCUGAGCAAUUAGCAGCAGCUCAAACUAUUAGAUUACUAAUCAUCUACUUCAGCAUUUUGAAAGGACAGAAAAAUCUUUUGAAGCAGUGUGUUGUUGAAAGCAUAAAAACCCUCAGGAGUUAAACACGCUUGGAUGCUGCUAUGAAGGCUUCCAUAAAGCAACAGGGAAGUAGCUGUAUAACAGAGCAUAUAACAAUUCUUCUUCAGUAGCAAGAAUCAGCAACUUUGUUCCUGCCCACCUCUGUUGUUAUCCUGCAGUCACUUUUUCUUUUUUCUCCUGCUGCUUACACACCAUGAUGAUAAAAUAUGUACCUUUGUUAAAGAGAGACUCUGAAAUGAUUUAGACAACACUGAACUAAAGCAUCAAUCUUUAUUUAUAAAGUAGAUUACAAAAUAGAUAAAGUUAAUUUUAGCAUCUGAAGGUGGUUUUCAUUGAAUACAUAGACAGCAUAAAUCAAAAGUUUCCUUUAUCAAUGUGUUUAUUCAACUGACAGACCAAUUCUUACCUUGACUAGUCUCACAACCCCCUCACAGGAGGUCUGUAAAAUCCAAUUGUCCCUACUUUGCAACAUAGACACUUCAAAAAUAAUUAUAUGUCAUGUUAAUUUACAACAAUUAAAUAGCUUGUGAUUUAAAUGCAAGCGGCUGCAUUGCUUUUGGGCUUUAUGAAGGCCAACAAUAGUUUUAAAUGGACACUUUCAAUUAUUAAAUUACCACAGACAGUUUAAGAAAUAACUUUUUUAAUGCCCUCAUUGUGUGCUGGCUCUGAACAUGUCUUAACAGUAGUAGUGUUAUGGGAGGCAACUACACAGAUGUAAACAUGAUAGAUCUUACAAAAAGAUCAGAAAAGCUUCUUAUUGCUGUGUCAGGAGAAUAGCUACAAGAGGCCUGAAGAGGCAGUUGGCAGUGCAAGACUUCAUGUAACUCAAAGAGAAUUGUCUGUCAGAGCAGGCUUUCUCUUUUAGGGGAAAGUGAGAGGGAAAUAUGCUCAGGACAUUACUCUGCUGGCUGGUCAAGGGUUUGUACACCCACAUGAAAUAUUUUAAAGUAAAAUAACUUAAAAGUUUGGUUUGGGCUGAAGUCCACAACAGCUCAUUGUAAGCUCCCUCACAUAAUCACUUAACCAGCUCUGGCCAUCCUCCAGAUUCAGCUUUCUACUUUCUAUCCUCAUCUACCUAGGGCAGGAUUAGGAGGAGAAAAAGGGAAAACAACAAAAGCAAAAACAACAGCAACAACAAAAAAACAUGCAUAUAACCACAACUGGUCAAACUGUUCAUUAUUUAGAACAGUUCAUACUAAAAAGCUGAACUUCUUUACUGGCUCAAAUGAGUGUAAAAAAAAAAUGUAUGUGCACUCUUGGCAUGGUUGACACAUGGGCAGGAAUCUUAAAUUCAAACAAAAAGCCCUCUUGCAGUAAUUUUCAACUGGUACAAGUCAAAUGUUUACCUUAAAUAAAAAGUGCUGAAAUGAUUCAGACUUCAAAU